AUGAUCAAGCUGCAGAAGAUCAUGGCCGAGGAGAAGUCUCCCGACGCCCAGUCUCUCUUGCUCAACAUCGUCUCCAACUCGCGACGCCUGGACCUAAAGAAAGUGUUCAUCGACAACGACGGUCUGGUAGUGCUCAAGGCGUGGCUGAUUCAAGCGAUCAAGGAAAAGAACACGCAGCUGGUCCGACAGCUGCUGAAGGUCAUCUACACCCUGCCGAUGACUGUCGAGACGCUGCAGAAGUCCGGCAUGGGCAAGCUGAUCAAGAAGCUCGAGAACCAUCCCACUGAAGUGGUGAAGAAGUGGGCCGUCAGGAUCAUGAACAGCUGGAAGGACGUGGUGCUCAAUGCGUCAAAGAAGGCCGAAAGCUCUUCGGCCAAGAAAGACGUUGCCGAAGAAAAGGCCGCCGCCGAGAAGGCGCGGCUCGAUAAGAAGGAAAAGGAAGUGUCACCGACGGCUGCACGAGGCAUGAAGCGAACAAGAGAGGUGACACCAGCAGCGCCUAAAGCUGCGAAGCCGGGUCCGCAGCUGAAGAUAUCUGCAAGCGAGGAUUUUGACGACCUCAUUGCUGGCCCGGCCAAGCCGAGGCCCGUAGCCGAAAAGCGCAAGUUGACAGGCCUCAUACCCGACCACGUCAAGAGGAGAAGGCACGCCGUGCAGCUGAUCGAAGAGGAUGUGACCGCUCCGCACCCGAUUGCCAAGGGCGUGGGUUCCUACAAGUCCAAGCCUUUGUCGGCGGACGACAUCAAGAAGGCGAAGAGCUCUGGUGCCGCCGCCGCGUCUCCGCUUUCGCCUCCGCUGGUCUCAACGCGGCGGGACUCGGAUCCCGGGAAGAGGCAGAGGGACGAUGACGAGGAAGCGUUCCCGGACUCCGCGGACGUUAGCUACGACGAAGGAGAGGGUCGGGCUUCCAAGAAGAAAAAGAAGCGAGUGUCCUGGGCGUCAGACGAAAAGCUCGUGCAGGUCAAGAUGUUCGAGAAGUAUUUGCCAUCUCUCAUGGGGAAUGCGCCGCGACCAGUGGGCAGCUUCGCUGCGAUGAUGCAGCUGGAGAAGCAGCGCGAAAAGGAAGUGGCGGAUCAACAGCGGAAGCAUGAGGAAGGCGAAUGGAAGGAACGGUUCGAAAAGAUGACCGCAACAGUGCCGUGGAAGGCGCCGCAGUUGCUGUAUAUGUCGCCCGAGUACAAAGUGGCGAUGGGGGAAAAGAGCAAGGAGAUGGGCAUCCAGAGGGAGCGGCAGAGCAAGAUCCUGGGCGAGUACUAUUCGCGAGAGGAGGAUAUCCCUCCCACCCCGACCGAGCCGGCCGAGGCGCAGGAGGAGUACGACGACGCGUCCGUCCCGCUCAUCCCGCUCGACGAGAUGUACACACCGCCACCGCAGCAGCAGCAGCAACUUCCGCCGACACUCCAGCAGCAGCAGCAGCAACUUCCGCCGCACCUCGCGCAGCCCAUGCACCAGCCGCAGCCUAAUCUCGCCGGCCCGCCCAUGGGCGCCCCUUACGGCGCUCCGAUGAUGGGCGCGCCGCCCGCCAUGGGCGGACCCAUCGGCCAACCCGCCGGCGGCAACAUGGAGCAGGCGCUCAACGCCCUCCUCGCCAACCCGCAGGCCCUGGGCUCCCUUCUCGGCGACAACCAGGCCCUCUCGUCCCUGCUGGCCUCCCUCCCGCAGGGCGUCGCCGGCGGCCCUCCCGCAGGCGCUCCAUUCAUGGGCGGCCUCCCGGUCCCAAAUAUAAACUUGGCACAGCCGGGCGCACCCAUGGGCGGGCCUUCGAUGGGUCCUCCGCCGUCGGCCGGGAUGAUGUACAACCCCAGCCAGCCCACCGCGCCUCUCCCGCCCCACCUCAUACAGCCCAGCAGCAAGGCUAUCCCCCUCGGGUGGGAUGGGGCCGGGCGGAGGCCCUGGCGGCAUGGGUCCUCCGCCCUUCGGCGGCGGUGGUGGCAUGCCCCCGCAGCAGUACGGCGGACCGCCUCCCCAACACGGCGGCUACCCGAUGGGCGGACCUCCCGGCGGAGGCUACGGCGGCCCUGGAGGAGGAGGGCACGGCGGACCCGGCGGCGGAGGAGGCUAUGGCGGACACACCGGUGGAGGACACGGUGGAGGCGGCGGCUACGGCGGACCGAGCCACGCGGGCGGAGGAGGUGGCGGCGGCGGGGGAAAUUGGGGAAGGGACGACCGGAAGCAGCGACUGUGCUCCUUCUUCAACUCGCCGCAGGGCUGCCGUAA